GUCCAUCGUCUAAGGUCAGUGGAUAAUUUAUUUGUUGUUGUUCAGGAGUUCAAAGACUAUCAAUUCAAAGAAAACAAGGAAGAUGCUCUAAAGGAUUUGGAAGAUUUGGUUAAAAAACUGCCUUGGACCGAUCCGUUGAAAGUUUGGGAGCUGAACAACAGCUUAAAAAAGAAAAAGACAAAACGCAAAAAACAUAAUCUGCAGAGUACUGCAAGCAAAGAGAAGUUGAAUGACAAUGGAGAAGAGGAAGGAACAGAUCAAAAAGAUGCUAGUGAACAGGAGGACUGUGCCCAAAACGCUGCAGGUGUAGAACCCGCUAGCGACCAGGAUACAGAAAAGACACAAGGAGUGGCAUCCCGAAACGGGGAGGAGGAGGAGGAGGAGGAUAAUGAACAAUCAGAUGCAAAAGACGAAUUGCAGGCGGGUUCUGGGUGUGAGACCAAGGCUGGUGAUGGUAAGACAAGCGACGGAGAGGUGAAGGUGUUGAAGUUCCGUGUUACGUGCAACAGAGCGGGAGACAAGCACAGUUUCACCUCAAACGAGGCUGCAAGAUACUUUGGUGGAGCUGUGCAGGAGCACUUCCAGUGGAAAGCUGACAUGACUAACUUUGAUGUAGAGGUUCUUCUGAAUAUUCACAAUAAUGAAGUAGUUGUGGGUAUUGCAUUAACUGAAGAGAGUCUUCACAGAAGAAAUAUUACACAUUUUGGACCCACAACUCUUCGUUCAACUCUUGCUUAUGGCAUGCUUAGACUCUGUGAUCCACAGCCAACGGAUAUCAUAGUUGAUCCCAUGUGUGGUACAGGAGCAAUACCAAUAGAGGGAGCUACAGAGUGGCCUAGCUGCUACCAUAUUGCUGGUGAUAACAACCCACAAGCUGUAAAGAGAGCAGCAAACAACAUAUGUUCUUUACUAAAGAAAAAUGAGAAUAAGGAAAGCAGUACUUCCCUGGGCAUACCCUUAGACAUCAUUCAGUGGGAUAUUUGCAAUCUCCCUUUGCGGACUGGUUCUGUGGACAUUAUUGUGACAGACAUGCCAUUUGGAAAGAGGAUAGGGUCAAAGAAGAAGAACUGGGAUCUCUAUCCAGCCUGCCUCAUGGAGAUGGGCCGGAUCUGCACACCAGGGACAGGCAGGGCUGUGCUGCUUACGCAGGACAAGAAAUGCUUUGCCAAGGCCUUGUCACGAAUGGGACACAUCUGGCGCAAAGGCCAGACUGUGUGGGUGAACGUAGGGGGACUUCAUGCUGCAGUGUAUCUUCUGAAACGCACCUGGGAAAGAGCAGAAGAAAAAAGAUCAUUCUGGUAACCUGCGUGGAAGAAGACAAGAGACACCUCCAGAAUUCGUUGAAUAGCAGUCUGGUAAAGCAGACACGUGAGAGCAUAGGUCUGUCAAUUCCUAAGAAAAA